GCACUCAAACCUGACAAAAAAAAAAAAACAUAACCAAAUUUCUUUUUCUUUUGCUCUUUUCUGAAAAUCUGUUUUAUCCUCAAAAACAAAAAUGGCAUCGAAAAUCAAUGUGAUGGCUCUAGUUAUUACUCUUGUGGCCUUUUUUGGGACUGGAGCUUUAGCUCAAUCAAGUUGCAUGACUACACUUGUAAGCUUGUCCCCGUGUUUGAAUUAUGUUAGUGGAAAUUCAUCAACACCAUCUUCAUCUUGCUGCACUUCACUAUCUAGUGUUGUCCAGUCCAAUCCUCAAUGCCUUUGUGUUUUGGUUAAUGGUGGUGGUUCUAAUCUUGGCAUUGCCAUUAAUCAAACUCUUGCUCUUGCAUUACCUAGUGCUUGUAAUUUACAAACUCCUCCAGUGAGCCGGUGCAAUGCUGCAAAUGGACCAACUGCUUCAGCUGCAGUACCAGCAAGUUCUCCUACAGGUUCCACUACCCCAUCUGAUUCCUCAAAUGAACUUCCAACAACUCCAUCAGGAUCAGGCUCCACUGUUCCAACAGGCGCUACAGGUUCUAAAACAGUUCCUUCAACACCUGGAUCGUCAUCAGCAGGAAACAACUCAAAAAUUUCAAUCAGUUUAGUUGGAUUCCUCCUAUUUGUUGCAUCAUUUGCUUUCACUUCUAGGGGAUUCUGAGUUUGUGGAGCAUCAUGAGAGCUUGAGGAAAAAGUCAUUUUUAUGUCAAUGUUGUAUUAAUAGAACAGUACUACUGUUAUUCUUUUGGUUUCUCUGUUUUUAGUAGGAGUGUCACAUUGGUUGUAAUUUAGCUAUUUAUUGUUGCUUAUUUGAUUAAUAUAUUCAGGAUUUAUUCUGUCA